CACACCACGCCUGUCAAAAGGAAUGGCAGAGCAGGAGAGCUUGGAGUUUGGCAAAGCCGACUUUGUCUUAUUGGAUAACCUCACCAUAGAGGAGUUCUUAGCGAAUUUGGAAGUGAGGUUUUAUAAGAAUAGAAUCUACACCUACAUUGGAGAGGUGGUUGUCUCAGUAAAUCCAUACCAGCAUAUUGAUUUAUAUGGAAGAGACAUGAUCGAACACUACAAAGGAAGGGAGCUGUAUGAAAGACCACCGCAUUUGUAUGCCAUUGCAGACUCAGCUUACAAAGCCAUGAAAAGGAGAGCUAAGGACACGUGCAUUGUAAUAUCAGGUGAGAGUGGCGCUGGCAAGACAGAAGCCAGUAAAUAUAUAAUGCAGUAUAUUGCAGCCAUCACCAACCCCAGCCAGAGAUUGGAAGUUGAGAGUGUAAAAAACGUUUUGCUGAAGUCAAACUGUGUCCUGGAAGCUUUCGGGAAUGCAAAGACGAAUCGGAAUGACAAUUCUAGCCGAUUUGGGAAAUACAUGGACAUCAACUUUGACUUUAAAGGGGAUCCCACUGGUGGACACAUCAAUAACUAUUUGCUUGAGAAAUCACGAGUGAUUGUUCAACAAAGAGGAGAAAGGAAUUUCCAUUCCUUUUAUCAGCUGAUCCUGGGUGGCUCUGAUGAUCUGUUGAAGUCCUUGUACUUGCAGAGAGAUGCGGAAGAAUAUGCAUUUAUUCGAGAUGGAGCUACUGUCAAUUCUGUGGUCAAUGACAAGGAGAAUUUUAAGGCUGUAAUGAAAGCAAUGGAAAUCAUCGGGUUCAGUGACAAAGAAAUUGACACCAUCUACAAAAUCCUGGCCACCAUCUUGCAUUUGGGAAACCUAAUGUUUACCACAGAGAGUGAUGCUGCCUCCAUCAGCAAUAAUGAUGUAGUGUCACAGAUUGCAGAUAUCACUAUGACAGAGCCAGACACUGUCAGGAAGACUCUUCUUCAUCGCACUGUGGCUACGGGAGGAGGUGAAGUGAUUGAAAAAGGUCACACAGUGCAGGAAGCUGCAUAUGGUAGAGAUGCUUUUGCCAAGGCCAUUUAUGAGCGCCUAUUUUGUUGGAUUGUGAAUCGCAUCAAUGAUGUCAUUGAGGUAAAGGGUUAUGACCCACGCAUUCACGGGAAGAACACUGUGAUUGGAGUGCUGGAUAUUUAUGGAUUUGAGAUCUUUGAAAACAACAGUUUUGAACAGUUCUGUAUAAAUUACUGCAAUGAGAAGCUUCAACAGCUCUUCAUUGAACUGAUCCUGAGGCAGGAGCAAGCAGAGUACCAGAGAGAGGGAAUCGAGUGGCAACAUAUUGACUACUUCAACAAUCAAAUCAUUGUGGAUCUUGUGGAACAACAACACAAAGGAAUCAUUGCCAUCCUGGAUGAGGCCUGUAUGAACGUUGGGAAGGUGACAGAUGCCAUAUUGGUGGACACCAUGGACUCAAAGCUGGGCAAACAUGCCCACUACACUAGCAGAAAGCUGUGUCCGACUGAAAAGAAUAUGGAGUUCAACAAACACUUCAGGAUAAAACAUUACGCUGGACAAGUCACGUACUCAGUGGAAGGCUUCAUUGAUAAGAACAAGGACACACUCUAUCAAGACUUCAAACGUCUAAUGUACAACAGUUCUAACCCUGUGUUGAAAGACAUGUGGCCAGAAGGGAAACUGAGUAUCACAGAGGUCACAAAACGACCUCUGACUGCUGCGACCCUGUUCAGGAGUUCCAUGAUUGCACUUGUUGUUAACUUGGAAUGUAAGGAACCUUACUAUGUACGAUGCAUUAAGCCCAAUGAUCAGAAAUCUUCCUUAAUCUUCGAUUAUGAACGCUGUAGACACCAGGUGGAAUAUUUGGGACUUUUGGAAAAUGUGCGGGUGCGGAGAGCUGGAUUCGCUUAUCGACAACCAUAUGAGCGUUUCCUGCAGAGGUAUAAGAUGAUUUGUGAGUACACUUGGCCCAAUCACUUGAUGUCUACAGACCUGGAAGCCACCCGAAUGAUCGUAGACCAACGUAACUUCCAGCAAGAUGUUGCCUAUGGAAAGACAAAGCUAUUCAUUCGUACACCGCAGACGCUAUUUGGACUGGAAUCAGCACGGGCAGAAACAAUUCCUUUAAUUGUGCUGUUUCUGCAGAAGCUCUGGAGGGGAGCCAUAGCGAGGAAACGCUGUCGGGGUAUGAGAGCUGUCUAUGCAAUCAUGAGUUAUUACAAAACAUUCAAGGUCAAGGCAUAUCUCAUCGAGGUAAUGAGACGCUUCCAGAAUGUACGGAGCAUGAAAGACUAUGGAAAGAGUGUGAUAUGGCCAACGCCUCCAACAGUCUUAGUCAAAUUUGAGGAGAAUAUGAAAUAUCUGUUCCGAAGGUGGAGGGCACGACAAAUUGUGAAAAACAUCCCACCUUCUGAUAUGCCACAAAUCAAGGCAAAGAUUGCUGCCAUGGAUGCACUGCUGGGGCGAAGAAAAGACUGGGGUGUUCAGAGAAACUGGGAGCAGGACUACCUCUCAUCUGCCAGGGACAAUCCAGAGAUGAUGUCCCAGUUUACCACAACCAUGAAUGGACUGAAAAGCAAGGAGCAAUUCAGCUCUGUGCUGUUCUCUGCACAUGUACGAAAGGUGAAUAGGUUUAAUAAAUGUGAGGAUCGAGCUAUUCUCAUCACUGACCAGCACCUGUACAAACUGGAGCCAGCCAAACGCUACAAGAGCAUGAAGGCACUCCCACUUAGCCAUGUCACUGGGGUCAGCGUUACUACUGGCAGGGAUCAGUUGAUCAUCUUCCACACCAAGGUAAAUGACGAUCUGGUGGUUUGCCUGGACAAGAUGCAGCGCGGAAACGAUAAUAGGAUUGGAGAAGUUGUUGGUGUCUUGGCCAAUCACUUUAGCAAGAAUAAGAUACCUCUGCAGGUCAACGUCAGCAACCCAAUCAAUUGCAACAUGCGCGGCAAAAAACGCACAGUGAUGGUGGAGGAGAGAAUUGAACAAACACAGCCCGACUUCAAGAAAAAUCACACAGGCUUCACAUUGUAUUGGGCAGGAAUACAGUGCUCAUGAGCCUCAGGGUUUCACUGAAGCACGCUCAGUUAUGUUUGUAAUGUGAGUUUUUUUUUAUAUAUAUAAUAAAAGAUUCAUGUUCUUUCCUUUGUGGUCAAUAUUCUGUCCUGGUGAAAUUAAUUUACAAAGUGUGCAGGUGAUCAUGUGCGUGAGUGAUGGAACUGUAUCAUAAAAUGGUUACAGCGCAGAAGGAGACCAUUCAGCCCAUCAAGUGUGUGGCAGCUGUCUGCAAGAGGAAAUCACAGAUAUCCCUUCCCUGCAGCUAACAAUGUUUUGCUCUUCAGGUGCUAAUCCAGAUCCUAACUAUUCACUGUAUUAUAAAAGUGUUUUUUCUUGUGUCAUUGUUGGCUCAUUUGCCAACUACCUUAAAUCCAUAUCUCCUUGUCCCGAUCUUUCCACCAGAAGGAAAUAUUUCUCCCUACAUACUCUGUCCACAUCCUUACAGACACGACUAUCAAAUCUCCUCUUAAACUUCUCAAAGAAAUACAACCUCAGCUUCUCCAAUCUAUCCAAGCAACAGAAAUGCACCAUCCUGAAAUUAGUCUCAUAAAUCUUGUCUGCACCAUCUCUAAAUCUUUUACAUAUUUCCUAUACUGUGGUGCUCUGAAUUAGACCCAAUAUUCCAGUUAAUGCUGAGUUCAUGUUUUACACAGGUUUACAUAACUUGCUUGCAUUGAUACACUGGGCCGCUACUGAUGAAACCAUGGAUCCAGUUAUCAACUGCACUCCCAGAUCGUCCUCACCUUCCAAGAUUUGUGCAUAUGAACCCUCCAUGUCCUAGCACCCCAUUUGGAAUUGUAUCCUCUAUUUUAUCCUCUAUUGCAUCCUCUAUUAUAUCCUCUCCUCAUUCUUUUACCAAAAUAUAUCACUUCACACUUCUCUGCAUUAAUUUUCAUCUGCUACUUCCCAUGAUAAACAUAGACAUAUCAUAUUAUGAACUUUCAGUGAAUACUUUUAAAAGUUUGAACAUGUGCUUUUAAGAUAGCUACCACAAAUCAUGUGUUUUUUUUUGGUUUUUCGACUACAGACAAUGUCAGGUCUCCAGCAAAUACCUGAUUAAAUAUGAAUGUAGACAAAGAUACCUUACAGCCAGUUGUGGAUUUCAAAGAUUUCAUUCUUUAAACUAAAGGCUACUGGGUUUCCACACUGCCUGUCACAGUGUUGUUUUAAUUCCCAGUCUGUAAUCUGGCUUGAUAAAUCAUGUUUUGUAUUGGUUUUAAUGAGGUGGUCUGUCACUGAGCCAGAAGCAGACAAUGUUUCGGAGUUUGUUUUAACUGUAAAACUGAAGCUUCUUUAUUAAAAGAAAUGAAGAUA